AUGUACGCCUAUUGCUGGCGAAUAAUUACAUUUCUUUCUUUGUUUGUUUCCUGUGGGGCGAACGCGAGCGCGGCUCCGGCGUACGAGAUGACGGCGGCGGUGGGCGCGGGCGGCGGGUACGAGGGCGGAUUGCUGGUCGCCGCCCACGCGCCCGCCCAGCAGCCCGCGCACCACCAUCACCACGACCCGCGCAAGAGGAAGAGCCCGCACUAUUGCCCGGAGAGCUACAAAAUGCCGCAUUGUGAAACGCCGCUGGCCACUGCGUCGACUCCAUCGCUUGGAGACCCCGCCAGCGCGACAAGGAAAAGAAAACCAUCCUCUUACGGCACGGGCAGUACGUAUGAUGACGAUGGCACUGACGAAGCGCGCUCCACACGCACACUUCCUGAUAAAAAACAGAAUCACAGUGAGAUUGAGAAGCGUCGUCGCGACAAGAUGAACACCUACAUAUCAGAGCUGAGCGCGAUGAUACCCAUGUGCGGCGCAAUGGCCCGCAAGCUGGACAAGUUGACGGUGUUGAGGAUGGCGGUGCAGCAUCUGAGGUCCGUCAGAGGCGCUCUUUCUGCCAGCCCUCUGACCGCACGCCCGCGUCCAGCUUUUCUCUCAGAAAGCGAGCUGAAUUCCCUUGUCCUUCACGCAGCCCACGAUGCGUUUCUGUUAGUAGUGGGAUGCGAUCGCGGCCGUCUACUAUAUGUUUCGACAUCUGUGAGCAGGACGUUGAAUUUCGACCAGUCGGAAUUACUGGGGCAGAGUUUAUUCGACAUUUUGCACCCGAAAGAUGUUGCGAAGGUGAAGGAACAGCUCUCCUCAUCAGAUCUCAGUCCUCGGGAGCGCCUUAUCGAUGCCAAAACGAUGUUGCCAGUGAAGGCGGACGUGAUAGCUGGCACUUCGCGUCUGUGUCCGGGCGCGAGGCGGUCGUUUUUCUGCCGGAUCAAGUGCCGGCCAAUAGCCAAUUCUCCCGCUGCAACCUCCACGACUGCCUCGGCCCCUCAUCCUGCCGCCGUCCCAGUCAAGGAGGAAACUGAUGACGACACCAAAAUGAGGAAAAAACAGAACGAGAAGAAGUACUGUGUCGUGCAAUGCACUGGCUACCUCAAGUCCUGGGCACCGAUGGAAAUGAAGGAGGGAGGCGCCGUCACCGGCGAAGCAGUUGAGGAAGAAGCAAGUAGUCUCUCCUGCCUCGUAGCUGUAGGACGUGCUGUAACCGAUCUCACUCCCAUUCUCAUUCAGCCAGUGCCGACGCCGGCGCAGCCACCGUCUAGGCGCAUCCAAUAUAUCUCCAGACAUGCCACGGAUGGCAAGUUCCUUUUUGUUCAUCAGAGGGUGACACUAGCUCUCGGCUUUUUACCACAAGAGCUACUAGGCACAAGUCUGUACGAGUACGUGAGUGCGCCCGAACUGAGUGAAGUCGCGCGCACUCAUAAGGCGGCCCUCCUGCGACAAGACUCCAUGCACACACCCCCAUACAGUUUCAGAAGAAAAGAUGGCACCUUAGCGCGGAUCACCACACACUUCAAGCCGUUCAGGAAUCCAUGGACGAAAGAUGUCGAAUGUCUUGUAGCGAACAACACUGUGGUGACGGAGUCGUAUGCGCCUCCACAGCAUGAGACCCACGCCACCUACGAUAUGUUCAAGCAGCAAAAGGCUGACACGGACAUGCAGCGGCUGAUCGAUUCGCAGGUCGAGUCGCACAAGAUCGGCAGCACCAUCGCCGAUGAGGCGCUUCGUCGGCCCUCGUGCGAUUUCUCUCCCGACCUGUCGGCCGAUUUGUUGCAGGACACCGCCUACAAUCAACAGCAGGCACCGCUCGUCGAUAACAUCCUUACCGUGGACAUGGGCAACUAUACUGAAAUCCGCAACAACGUGCCACUCAGCGUCGCAGGUGUGGAGAACUCUCCACCGCCAACCGGUCCCCACGAUUGUCUUCUUCCUACAACACCUCCCCCUGCCUCCCCGCCUCUCCCCUCGGUAGGCCUUGAUGGAAACGGAGAGGCUGCAAUGUCCGUUAUAAUGAGCCUUUUAGAUGUCGAUUCCGGGCUAGGAGGACCAGUUACUUUCUCUAGUCUGCCUUGGCCUCUACCUUAA